AGGUGGACGCUGCUAGUUAGUUUAAGGGUGACGGCUAGCUAAUGCAUAAUGUUUGAAAACAGUCAUGGGCUCUAAUUCGUUUUCGGGCUUGUGUUAACGGAGGUGAACGGCCCGGCGUGUGAAACUACUCGGCCAACAGACGGCAGAAAGAGUCGCUGCUCUCCUCUCGGCAGUCCGUGGGGUUGACGAGCCCCGGCAAGAGUUUCAACUUAAUGUUAGCUCGACGGCUAACUAGCUAACACGGUUUGUGUCGCAGUCAGCAGGUCGACCGGCUAGCACGGCAGGUACGAAAAAAAAACUUGAGAAGGCUCGACGAGUUAGCGACACCCCACCGGUGGUUUCUCUAUUCAUCUGUUGCCAGUUGGAAGUGGAAUGAACGUGAUUUGAGGCGUAGCCUUUUCGGACACCGUCAGAGAGCCAGCAGCCUAUCCCGGAGGAUCAGCCACUUGAAAUGCCUUCUACUCGUAACUUGUAGCUAACGACUGGCUGUACAACGUUACAAUGGGUUGUAUCGGCAGCUAGCUUGCUCCGCGUUAGCCGACCAUGUAAGCUGUGCUUGUCACGAAAACGACUUGUGACUUGAUCGCGGUAGGACGGUAACAGCAGCGGGAGGCACCUCCGACGAGAAAAAGACGCACCGAGACUCCGUGCUGUCUCUUCCCUCUCCCCCCUCCUCCUCCUUCUCUCUCUCAGCGCACCAGUCCGGCUAAACUGGAGCGUUUUACCGUUUGACGCGCCCAUAUGCCUGCGCCUACGCCCGUCUCACCAUCCUGAAGCCAGAGAGAGACGGAGGGAGGGAGGCAACGGCAGCUCCGGGGUCCCCGACACUCAGCCGAGGAGAGGCAUCGCUGAAAUGAGAUGAGGCUCAGAAAUGGAACUGUGGCCACUGCGAUUAUUUUCUUCACGUCUUUCCUCAGCCUCUCCUGGUACACAGCAUGGCAGAAUGGCAAAGAGAAGCUGAUAGCGUAUCAGCGGGAGUUCCAUGCUUUGAAAGAACGACUUCGUGUGGCAGAGCACAGGACGCUGCAGCGCUCGUCCGAGCUCAACAGCAUUCUUGAGCAGUUCAGACGUGCCAUUGCUGAAACUAACAGCAGCAAAGAUGCCCUCACAAACUUCUCAGAUGAGACACAGAAACUACUGAAGGAGCUCGCAAACAGGAAGCCUCUCCAGGUGCCAAAUAUCUACCACCACCUGCCUCACCUCCUCAACAAUGAGGGCAGCCUGCACCCUGCAGUGCAGGUUGGUCUCGGCCGCACAGGAGUUACCAUGGUGAUGGGGAUCCCCACAGUGAAGCGGAAGGUGAAGUCAUAUCUGUCAGAGACGCUACGUUCGCUAAUAGACAAGCUGUCACCAGAGGAAAAACUUGACUGUGUCAUUAUAGUCUUCGUUGGGGAGACUGACCUGGAAUAUGUUCAGAGCGUGGUUGCUGGUCUGGAGAAAGAGUUUUCUACAGAGCUGAGUUCAGGCUUGCUGGAGGUGAUCUCCCCACCAGCCGCCUAUUACCCCGAUCUCACCAACCUCAAAGAGACUUUUGGAGACUCCAGAGAGAGAGUCAGAUGGAGAACGAAGCAGAACCUGGAUUAUUCCUUCCUAAUGAUGUAUGCUGUGAGCAAAGGAGUUUAUUAUGUCCAGCUGGAGGACGACAUCGUGGCCAAGCCCAACUACUUUGCCACUAUGAAGAACUUCGCCCUGCAGCUCUCGUCGGAGGACUGGAUGAUCCUGGAGUUCUCUCAGCUGGGCUUCAUUGGAAAAAUGUUCCAGGCUCCAGACCUGAACCUCAUUGUUGAGUUCAUUUUUAUGUUCUACAAAGAGAAGCCCAUCGACUGGCUGCUGGACCAUAUUCUCUGGGUCAAAGUCUGCAACCCUGAGAAGGAUGCGAAACAUUGCGAGCGACAGAAGUCUAGCCUUCGUGUGCGGUUUAGACCCUCUCUGUUUCAGCAUGUGGGACUCCAUUCUUCUCUAGCUGGAAAGAUUCAGAAACUCACAGACAAGGACUUCCUGAAGCCAUUGCUCCACAAGAUGCAUGUUAACCCCCCAGCUGAGGUCUCCACUUCAAUGAAGGUGUAUCAGGGUCACACACUGGAGAAGACGUACCUAGGAGAGGAUUUCUUCUGGGCCAUCACUCCCACCGCAGGAGACUACAUCCUCUUCAAAUUUGACAGGCCUGUUAGCAUAGAGAGGUUCCUGUUUCGCAGCGGUAACCAGGAGCACCCUGGGGACAAGAUCGAGAACACAACAGUGGAAAUACUGCCCGUUUCGGAAAGUGGACUGCAGACCAAAGAGAAGUACAAGCGAACCGAAGACCGCUUUUACAGGAUCGGUCAGUUUGAGAAAGGUGUGGCAGAAGGAGCUGUAGACCCUUCAUUCAAUCCUGUUCUGGCACUUCGGCUCUCGGUUGUCAAAGACUCUGCUGUGUGGGCCAUCCUCAGUGAGAUACAUAUAAAGAGGAUAACUGGCUGACUGUUCUGGAGGGGGUACAUGAAUCAUGGCCCCUGGGGGACCAAAAUCUCCUAGACUGCUUACGCAGGGCCUCUGGCACCUAGCAACCAGCAGUGAAGUCAUUAGAGCCCACUAGAGUUGCUCGUCUGAGCUUGUCUGAGGAACGCCACCUCUCUGUCCCCACUCUUCCUAAUGUACCUUGUUAUUUUGCUUCUCAUCGAUCGUUUCCUCCCUUUCUUUCUGCAUCUCUCCCUCACUCUUGUGCUCUUCAUUUAUUUGUGAGAAUGUGAAUACUACUGUCUGAAGAACAACAGCGGAGUGCGUGAAGACAUCUGUUCCCAGCUCUGGCUCUCAAAGUGACUGUGUUUGUUCAGCAGCUUUGAAAACAAUCACAAAAAUUCCUGGACGAAUGAGGUUUGAAUCUUCACAUCUGGGGAGAACCAGUCACCUGGCCACUGGUGUAGAUGCUGCCAAAAUCCUUCUCUGCUACUCAAUGCUGCCACCUUCGGGCAUGCUGGGGCAUUGCACUGUCACUAGCGCCUCAGCAAAGCCCACGAUGAUCAAGAAUGUUGUCAUCACCAAUGGCCAGUUGCUCUCUGUUCUCAGCAGAGAUGACGGAGCUCUAGAUCAACACCAGCCCAAACAAAAAUGUUUUCUUCACUCCCAGAGUGUUGUAGGUCACAUUUAAACACUUAUCCUGACACACAAACUCAGGAUGACCUUACUGUUCCAAAAUCCUGCCUGUAGCCAGUUGGUGACAACUCUGACCAUGGGCCAGUAUCAGUGGUAACUACCGUAGUCCAUCAAGAGAAUAAGUACCAUGACACCAUAUCUAUCUCACCUCUUGUCUGACAGGCUGUGUUUGACCUCAGUGUCCAUUUAUAGUAAACCAAUCAGACAUUGCCUUGGCGCCAUUUUCCUGAAGGAAUAUAUUGUUAUAUUGAUAUAUUAUUACAGCUAUGACUGACGAUCUAUGAAGGUGACUUAAUUUAUUUGAAAUAAAUCUUUAAUUUGUACAAGAGGUAAAAUAUAUUUUUAUUCUAUUAAGAGAUGUUUAUGGUAGCUCAGAGUCUGUGUUUUUGUGUACUUUGUUUUUUUUUCUUUUUUUUUCUUUUUCUAAAUUGCUAUUGUACUUUUUAUUUUCUUUAUAACAGCUACUUGGAAAGCGGUUUGUUCGUGGGUGCGAGUAGCUCAGUUCAGUCUGUACCAGUUUCUUUUCACUUGAAGCAAAACGUUUUAACUAAAACCGUUAAUUUUCACUGUAAGAAAAACCUGAAUGGUAGGAAAGUUGUGAAAGAUUCUGUUCAAGUAGUUGUUGAUGUGCGUCAAAAUUGGAAAAAUGUGCCUUAUAUCCAGGUCCCUUGAAAUUGUCCCAGCAAGGUUAUUUCAAUUUGUUCCCUCUCACUUUUUGCCUACAAGUUAAUUGCUGGAUAUACUAAUAUUUUUAAAGCAACACACAGUCCAAUUAGUGAUUGGAUGUCAAGAACAAUAUCUCUGUUAUGCUGAGUGAAAGUGGUCAAUCUGGUUGUACCAGAUAAGCAUCUGAAACAGCGUGAUUUGCACUGCUUUUUCACUUUUUUUUUUUUGUUAUUCUUACAAUCACAUCCUUCAUCAUUGUACACAAUCUUCCAUUUUCCCCACAGUUUCUUCCCUUCACAUUCACUUCACAAUUCAUUUUGUCCAUUUACAUAUCUGGUUUUUUGGUUGGACAAAAUAUUAUGACUACUGAUUAUUGCAGAGUGCACCACUGAUUGUAUAUAUAUAAAAACAACAACAACAAGCGUCAUCUCUUUCUCUAUCGCUCUCUCUUUUUUCCUCUCUUUAUUGAAAUCCACUUGGCAUGUUUUGUGUGUGUGGCUGAUGUUGUGAGUGGAAGCUAUUUUUAGGUGAAACUUCACUCAUUUUACAUGUUAGUGGUUUAUUCAAGGGGGUAGUGAAGUGCCUUUUGGUGGUAUUGAUAUGAAAAUGGAACAGUUUUUACUAUUCAUGCUUGUUCAAAUGCAUGACAACGAUUUGUAAUUUAUAAACAAUGUUUUUUGUUUGUUUGUUUGUUUUUAUUUUAUUUUUUAUUUUUGUCCGAGCAGGCUCCUCCACCCCCUGAUCAAACCAUCUACACUUGAGCUGUACUUAAGAAAACCGAAGUGGUUCAGUCUCUGCCUCUUCAUCAAAUGUUUUGAAUAGGGAGGAGAUGCAAGCAAGCCACUUGAACUGUUGUUUUGAAUGGGAAUGGACAAUUCCAGUAGUGCUAGCAGGACUGGCUUAUGCCCCUUUCCUGCAUCUACAUACAGAGACUGAGUGCAUGAAAAUGGCAUGAAACGGUCAUGUGAUCCUUGAGAUCUCCCCUACUGCAUUUGUAUAAAGUGGACAGUAAACAAAGGAAACAACCCCAGACACUCAUCUGUUCAUGUGCCUUCAUCGUGUACAUGUGUAUGCCUGACUGAUGAUUUUGGCAUCGUUUUUCAUGGACAUUCUCAAAAUAAAUGAUAAAAGUUGUUAGAAGUCA